UGAGGAGUGAAGGAAGUAUUGACGUAAUAAGUCUUGGAAACUAAAUUUGAUCUGUUAAUUAACAUUGUAUAUAGUUAUUUAGAGAAUAAAUUUGAUUUAGCUUCAUUUUGUAAGUCUGAGUACUGUGUAAUAUUCUAUGAAACUCUAAAGUGAAAUGUCAUCUCAGAAAUCGGAAAGCGUUAGGCCUAGUGUUAAGGGCAGAUCCAGUACUACUAACAGUAACAGAGUUAGUACUAGUACUAAAGGCAGACCUAAACGAACUCGUCAUGUUGAACUUGAAGAAUCAGAUACAAGGGAAACAAUUUUAGGUUCUAGUACGGUUCCUUUAGAAGUUGAGAUAGUAGAAGGUAAAGUUAAUAAGAAUCCCGACUUUCCUGUAGAAGUUAAGGCCAAAAUCGAGGAAAAUAAGAGAGAAACACGACAACGAAAUAAACCAGUCUACUAUUAUUACGAGGAGGAAGAUUCGGAAAAAUCCGAAAAAAACUUAAUUUCAAAGAAUAAAAAUGGGAAGUCUCGAGAUCAUAUUUGUAUUCAUUGUGGUAAAAGCUACAUGAGCAAUUACCAUUUGCAGCAACAUGAGAAGAUACACACAAAAGUACCAAUUGAAUGUAAUAUAUGUGGGAAGAAAUUAGCCACAAAACUGUCCUUGAAAUAUCACAUUUUGCACAUUCAUAAUGACACUGGAGAGCGACCUUUUCACUGCAAGGUAUGUGAGAAACAGUUUAAAAGAAAAGGUAGUCUAGUCACCCACCUAAGAAUUCAUGCUGAUGAAAGACCUUUCUCUUGUGAAACAUGUGGACAAGCAUUUCGUACAAAACUUCAUUUGCAACAGCAUGAAACUAUUCAUACUGGUAUCAGGCCAUAUCUUUGUGAUAUUUGUGCUCAAGGCUUUGUUAAGAAAACAGCAUUUGAUGACCAUCUUCUAGUCCACACUGGUGAGCGACCGCAUAAAUGUGGAUAUUGUGACAGUUGUUUCCGCACAAAAGCCCGACUGAAAACUCAUGAACGAAUACACACAGGAGAAAAGCCAUACAAGUGCAAAUAUUGUGGAAAAGCAUUUCGUGUUUCCAAUUAUCUUAAAGCUCAUAUUAAUAGCCAUGAAAAUAACCAGGCAUACAAAUGUAAGGUGUGUGGUCGUGGUUUUUGUUCAUUUCCAAAUAUGCUGAAGCAUUCUCAGAGACACUCUGAUAAGAGACCAUUUGUAUGCCAUGUUUGUGGAAAGGCUUUUACAGUGAAGUCAGACCUGAAGUUGCACAUAAAAAAGCACGAUCAGGACCUACAGUCAGAACAGUUUCAUUAUGGAUUUGAAAACAACAACUCUUCUUAUAGUGGAGAAGUUAGCUGUAACGUAUAUGAGCAGAAAAUUUAAUUCCUAUUUUUAUCCAGGAAUUGCCCAGAUUUUUAUAACUAAAUGUUUGGUUAAAACAUGCCCUUACAUUAACCAAACUCAGUGUUUGUGUGUGUGAGACAAGUUCAGGCUGUGCUUUUCAGAAUUUUAUGUUCAAGAUGGAAAAAGUCUGUAAUGUAGUAUAUGUGUAACCAAAAAUUAGCCACUUAUCAAAGUUACUGUAGUCUGAAAGAUACAAUACUAUAAUUUCACCAGAAAUGUAGAGGUUAUACAAAAAAUUCUAAUUGUUGCUUUUCAGUAGCUAAAUAUUGAACCAUGGUUUUGUGUGAUUGCAUGUAUUUAGGAACACAUAACCAUGAAGUAGAUAGUUGUGAGAUUUUAUAAGUCUUGAUAACUUCCAGAUUCAGUUCAGAAUCAAAGUUGUGUUUUUGGUUGAAUAUACUCCAUGGAAAAAGAAGUCCAAGUGUCAAAGGUCUUUGUGAGAUUUCAAGAUCACAGUGUAAGUCUGAAGUUGUUUAAGUGCAGUGCAAUUAGUGAACUUCUAAGUCUGAAAAUGCUAGCCAUCAUGAAGGCUUCUCAAUCAAACCAUGAUGAACCAGUUGUUUUCUUAUGUAGAAAUAAUUGUAAGAAAGGGAUAGGUAAUUGAAUUAUUUGUGUGUACAUGGAAGAAUUGUAAGUAUUCUUUUAAAAACUGUCAAAAAUUUGAAGUCAAUUUGAUAUAAUUUUGUGAAAAUUAAGUCAAUUUUAAAUGUGAUAUAUAUUUUUUGAAAAAGUAACCAUGUUAUUAUUAUGAUAGUAACUCACUUUUUGAAGAAAAUCUGUGAAGCUGUAUUAUAGAAGUUUCAGAUCACUUGUUAAAAGGGGAGAGCACCAAAUCAUCAUUUUACCCUGUGCUUUUUGAGUUUUUCUUUUUCUAUAAUAUCUUAACAUAUUUGUCAUGAGUAGUUCAUACAAAAUUGCAUGUGAAAAUCCAAAAAUAGUAAAAAGAGAAUUUUUCAACUAAAUCUAUGUGCUUUAAUGUUGAUAACUUGUUCGGAGGGACACAUGAUGACAGUGAAACUAUAAAUAGCCUUGAUGCAAGCUUCUGUUUUAACAACAUUUAGCAUUUUUUUCAAAGUGUUCUUUUGACACGUGUGUAAUGUUCAAU